UAAAUGAGAAAUAACCUCAAUCAUAAAAAUGUCAUAUUGUUUUCACUGAAUGCUUCUUCAAAUAGAUUGUUUGAUUAAAUAGAUACGAGGUUUAAUAUGAGUAUAAAUCAUGGCUGCUAGAGAUAAACAAGGAAUGGAUGACUUCAAAUGGACCGUUGAUAAUGAAAUUAGUUUAUUUGAGGCGAUGACCAAUUAUAAAAUUGCCGGAACUAACCGAUUUUUCAAUAUGGCAUUAGUUCUUGAAAAAUUAUCAGACAUGAAUCGAACAAUUCCUGUAAACAGCAUAUGGAAUCAUUUGGAAAGUAUGUAUGAUGUUGAUAUUUUAAAUGAAACGGAAAUGUUACAUGCAACAGUUGAAGAUUUUAAUUUGCCUUCUGCUGAUUUUUCUGAGCUUAUGAAAACUAGAAGCACUAAUGAAGACAAUAAAACUAUGUUAAACAAACAAAUUAAUAAAAUCAAAUUAGAAGUUAAAGAUUCACCAAAAACAGGAAUAAAGCGUGAAGAAAAGGUUGCAAAGUCAACUCCUAGGCGUGAUAGUACAUACAAAGAAAGCGUACUAAAAGUUAAUAUUACUCCAAAGACAGUUGUAAAACCAGAAGUUGAAAAAAAAAGUGCUAGUAAAAGCAGAACUAGAAAAAAUUCUGAUAAAAGUAUAUCACCUGUUCCUAGCAAUGCUAAUAGAAUCGGAAGAAAUACAAGAGGUUCUUUAAAGCCAGAAGAAAAUACAUCAACUAGAAGUCGUAGCCCAAUAUCUAAUGCAAAACGCAGAACUAGAACUGAUUUGAAGUAAUUUUACACAUUAGUAAUAUAAAAUUAAUUUUAACAAAAUGAUAAUUUAAUUCUUGAUUUUUUUAAUAAUUUAA